AUGUUUAGCGUCAACGGUUUCUGUGGUAACAAUUCUACCUACUGUGGAACGGGCUGUCAAUCGGACUUCGGUGAAUGUGGUACUGAUGCAGCGACAUCCGCAACAAGCAUAACAUCUGCUCCAAGCGUGCCACCAGCAUCUACCACUGCGGUCCCAACAACAUCUGCAACCAGCGACCCAACAACUACUGCUGCCUCCUCAAGUGGGUCGAAGACGACUGAAAGUACCGGAUUCAAGGUCGGGAUGGCUUUCGUUGGCAUCGCUGCAGCAGGGAUAGUAGGGGGCCUGGUCUUCUUCUUCCUGCGUCGGAGGCGGCGUUCGACGGCACAUCAACAACAGCGCGAGACCGUUGCUAUUGAAAAGGGACCAGAUGACAACGACAAGGCACUUCCACCUCCACCUCCAGUUGCUGAACCGCAGGAACUUAAUUCAAGUCCAGUGCAAGAAAUGUCGACCGAUUAUAAUCGAGCAAGGGAUGAGAAAAAGCCUUUGCACGAUAACCUGCAUGAACUUCAAUGA